CGCGUUUAGCUGGAAACAAAAACACAAACCUCCUCUCUAGUCACUUAGCCCUCUCCCCUUCUCCCUUCCUUUCAGCUCACUGUCAACACAGCUUACUACAAUCCUUCAACAAUCCACCUGAACAGAUAUUUUUUAGAGAGAGAAAGUAAUGGAAGCGUACUCGCUGCAUCUAGCGAUGGCGGCUUUAGUAGGAGCAUCAUUUGUGGCAGUAUCCGCUUAUUAUAUGCACCGCAAAACCCUAACUCAACUCCUCGAGUUCGCGAAGACGGUAGAGAGAGAACGAGAAAGAGACGACAACUCCGACGGUGGCGGCGGAGGAUCGUCGCCGCAGCAUUUGAAGAAGCGCCGGAGUCAUGGACGGAGGAAGGGAAGCAGCGGUUACUAUAAUAAGCGUGGCUCGGCUUCGUUACCGGACGUGACGGCGAUUUACGGUGGUGGAAUUGAUGGAGAGGAGAAACGUAAUAGUCAGGUGGUUUAUGUCGACGGGAUUCCGGCUGGAUUGCCGAGGCUUCAUACUUUGCCUGAAGGGAAAUCUUCUGGGCAUAUCAAGAGGCCUGGAAGUUUUAUCAGACCAACUUCUCCAAAGUCUCCUGGUGCUAGUGCCAGUGCCUUUGACAGCGUGGAAGGAUCAGAUGAUGAAGAUAACAUGACUGACAAUUCUAAAGUAGACACUAAAUAUCUGCAUGUUAAUGGAAAUGCUGAUAUAAAGGAUGUUUUACCACAACACAUUAACGCAAAUGGAGACCCUAUACCUGCUUCAAGCAUGAUUCGAUCUCAUAGUGUGUCUGGUGACUUGCAUGGUGUUCAGCCUGAUCCUAUUGCUGCUGAUAUUCUAAGGAAAGAACCAGAACAAGAAACUUUUGCACGACUUAAAAUUUCUCCUAUGGCAGAGGUGCCAUCACCAGAUGAAGUGGAUUCCUAUAUAGUUCUUCAAGAAUGUCUUGAAAUGCGAAAAAGAUAUGUAUUCAAGGAAGCAAUCGCACCAUGGGAGAAAGAAAUUAUUUCUGACCCCAGUACACCAAAGCCUAAUCCUGACCCUUUCUCCUUUACACCAGAGGGAAAAUCUGACCAUUAUUUUAAGAUGCAAGAUGGGGUCAUCCAUGUCUAUCCAAAUAAAGACUCUAAGGAAGAACUUUUUCCUGUUGCUGAUGCGCCAAUGUUUUUCACUGAUUUGCAUCACAUACUUCGAGUUAUUGCAAUUGGAAAUAUCAGAACUCUAUGUCAUCAUCGGCUGAAUCUCCUAGAACAAAAAUUCAACCUUCAUUUGAUGCUUAAUGCGGAUAGAGAGUUUCUGGCUCAGAAAAGUGCUCCACACCGUGACUUUUAUAAUGUCAGGAAAGUUGAUACGCAUGUUCAUCAUUCUGCAUGCAUGAACCAGAAACAUCUUUUAAGGUUUAUAAAGUCAAAACUGAGGAAAGAGCCUGAUGAGGUUGUAAUUUUUCGAGAUGGAACAUACUUGACAUUGAAAGAAGUGUUUGAGAGUUUGGAUUUGACUGGGUAUGAUCUCAAUGUUGACCUUUUAGAUGUUCAUGCGGACAAGAGCACAUUUCAUCGCUUUGAUAAGUUCAACCUGAAGUACAAUCCUUGUGGUCAGAGUAGACUUAGGGAGAUUUUCCUUAAACAAGACAAUCUUAUCCAAGGCCGUUUCCUUGGUGAACUGACAAAACAAGUUUUUUCUGAUCUUUCUGCAAGUAAAUAUCAGAUGGCUGAAUACAGAAUAUCAAUAUACGGUAGAAAACAGAGUGAAUGGGACCAAUUGGCUAGCUGGAUAGUGAAUAAUGAAUUGUACAGUGAAUAUGUUGUUUGGUUAAUCCAGCUUCCUCGACUGUACAAUAUCUACAAGGAAAUGGGGAUUGUUACAUCAUUUCAGAAUAUUCUUGAUAAUAUCUUCAUUCCGCUUUUCGAGGUCACAAUUGAUCCAGAUUCGCAUCCUCAGUUGCAUGUUUUCUUGAAACAGGUUGUUGGGCUGGACCUGGUUGAUGAUGAAAGCAAACCUGAAAGACGACCGACAAAGCACAUGCCUACACCAGCUCAAUGGACCAAUGUGUUCAAUCCUGCAUUUUCAUAUUAUGUUUAUUACUGUUAUGCCAACCUCCACACAUUAAACAAGCUUCGUGAGUCAAAGGGCAUGACAACUAUCAAAUUCCGUCCCCAUUCUGGAGAGGCUGGCGACACUGACCAUCUUGCUGCAACAUUUCUUACGUCUCAUAAUAUUGCCCAUGGGAUCAAUUUGAGGAAAUCUCCAGUACUUCAAUAUUUGUAUUAUCUAGCACAAAUUGGCUUAGCUAUGUCUCCUCUGAGCAACAAUUCCUUAUUUUUAGACUACCAUAGGAAUCCUUUUCCUAUGUUUUUCCAAAGGGGUCUCAAUGUUUCCCUUUCUACCGAUGAUCCGCUCCAAAUUCACUUAACAAAAGAGCCCUUGGUGGAAGAAUACAGCAUAGCUGCUUCUGUGUGGAAGUUGAGUUCAUGUGAUCUGUGUGAGAUUGCUCGAAAUUCGGUCUACCAAUCAGGUUUCUCACAUGCUUUAAAGUCGCACUGGAUUGGUAAAGAGUACUACAAGAGAGGACCAGACGGAAACGAUAUUCACAGGACAAAUGUGCCUCAUAUCCGGGUGGAAUUUCGAGAUGCGAUAUGGAGAGAUGAGAUGCAACAAGUUUAUCUUGGCAAGGCCGUUAUCCCUAAAGAAGUGGACAAGUAAAUAGCGGGAGUUUCCAUAGCCAGCCCAUCCUCAUGCGUUUACUUAAAUUAUAAAGGUCAACAGAAUUCAACUUUCUCAUCAAACAUUAGAUGGCUGUACACUUCUGAUCAUGCACCUGAUAAUGGCAAGAAAAAAUAAAAAUGGGGGAAUGGCUUCAUGCAUAGCAACAGCAAAGCUGAUAGAAGCUUAUGAGUUUUGAGAACGAAGGCCAUGCAUAAGACGCAAUUGUUGACACGGUGAUCUGCAGUGUCUUGGAAAAAAAGAAAAAGGAAAAAGAAAAAAAAAAUGCCGAUCUCGCGACAGAACAAAUAACUAGGAUUAGGUAUAUUCGGUCAAUAUUAAGAGUAGCAUUACGGGGUAUAGUAUGAGUUAUGCGUGGUUCACUCAUUGCAAUGUCAGAUGUUAGUGUGACCAAUAAUAGCAAGGAUAGGACAGGACAAUCUCGUACUUUAAUUUUGUUUCCAGAUGAAUAUGCCUCAUCAAAUUUUGGUUCGGUUUUAUACUAUGAAGAUGCAUGUAACCAAAACAUUUCCCUGGAGUAAAUUCCUCUGUUGCUCCCGGUUGA